AUGCUCCGAACACGCCAGGCCGCAAAGGCCAUCCGGGCUGUCGCCCACACCCGAUCAUUCACCACCACAUCCGCCAUCGCCGCUAUCCAGGCUCCCAAGAAGAUCACCACCGGUCAACGGAAUCAGACUACUUCUGCUCCUGCACCAGCUCGCGAUAUUCCCAGCCCAGCUUUCAAUGCCGAGAAGAACCAGAGCCAUGUGCAACCCCUCGUCAACCCCCGGAAGAAUGACAUGGAUGAGUCGUUCAUUGGAAAGACUGGUGGUGAAAUCUUCCACGAGAUGAUGCUGCGCCAUGGCGUGAAACACAUCUUUGGAUACCCCGGUGGUGCUAUUCUCCCUGUCUUCGAUGCUAUCUACAACUCAAAACACUUCGACUUUAUUCUUCCCCGCCAUGAGCAAGGCGCUGGCCACAUGGCUGAGGGUUACGCCCGCGCUUCUGGCAAGCCUGGCGUUGUCCUCGUCACCUCUGGCCCUGGUGCUACCAACGUUAUCACUCCCAUGCAGGAUGCUCUGUCCGACGGAACACCCAUGGUUGUUUUCACCGGUCAGGUCGUCACCUCUGCCAUUGGCAGUGACGCUUUCCAGGAGGCCGAUGUCGUCGGUAUCUCCCGAGCCUGCACCAAGUGGAACGUGAUGGUUAAGAAUGUCGCCGAGCUUCCCCGACGUAUCAACGAGGCCUUCGAGAUUGCCACCAGCGGACGCCCUGGUCCUGUCCUCGUCGAUCUCCCCAAGGAUGUCACCGCUGGUGUCCUCCGGAGAGCUAUCCCCACCGAGACCGCUCUGCCUUCUCUGCCCAGCGCUGCUUCCCGCGCCGCUAUGGAGGUGAGCAAGAAGCAGCUCGAGGCUUCCCUGAAGCGCGUGAGCAAGCUUGUCAACAUUGCCAAGAAGCCCAUCAUCUAUGCUGGUCAGGGCAUCAUCCUCUCCGAGGGCGGCCCCGAGCUGCUGAAGGAGCUGGCUGACAAGUGCUCCAUCCCCGUCACCACCACCCUCCAGGGUCUGGGUGCCUACGACGAGCUCGAUGAGAAGUCUCUGCACAUGCUCGGCAUGCACGGUGCUGCCUACGCCAACAUGGCCAUGCAGGAGGCUGAUCUCAUCAUUGCUCUGGGUGCCCGAUUCGACGACCGUGUCACUCUCAGCAUCGCCAAGUUCGCCCCUGGCGCCAAGGCUGCUGCUGCUGAGGGCCGUGGUGGUAUUGUCCACUUCGAGAUUAUGCCCAAGAACAUCAACAAGGUCGUCCAGGCCACCGAGGCCAUUGAGGGCGAUGUUGCUACCAACCUGAAGCAGCUCAUGCCCUUCGUUGAUGCCAAGACCAUGGAGGACCGAAAGGAGUGGUUUGCCAAGAUCAACGAGUGGAAGAAGAAGUGGCCUCUGUCCGACUACGAGCGGGCUGAGCGCCAGGGUCUGAUCAAGCCCCAGACUCUGAUUGAGGAGCUUAGCAAGCUCACAGAGGACCGCAAGGAUCAGACCUACAUCUCCACCGGUGUCGGCCAGCACCAGAUGUGGACUGCCCAGCACUUCCGAUGGAGACACCCCCGAUCUAUGAUCACCUCUGGUGGUCUGGGUACCAUGGGUUAUGGUCUGCCUGCUGCCAUUGGCGCCAAGGUUGCCCAGCCUGAUGCUCUCGUCAUUGACAUUGACGGUGAUGCUUCCUUCAACAUGACCCUGACUGAGCUCUCCACGGCUGCUCAGUUCAACAUUGGUGUCAAGGUCAUUGUCCUGAACAACGAGGAGCAGGGCAUGGUGACACAAUGGCAGAACAUCUUCUACGAGGACCGAUAUGCCCACACCCACCAGACCAACCCUGACUUCAUCAAGCUCGCCGACGCCAUGCACAUCCAGAGCCGUCGCGUGUCUAAGCCCGACGAGGUUGUGGACGCCCUGAAGUGGCUGAUCAACACUGAUGGCCCUGCUCUGCUGGAGGUCAUCACCGAUAAGAAGGUGCCUGUCCUGCCCAUGGUGCCUGUCGGAUCCGGUCUGCACGAGUUCCUUGUCUUUGACGGAACCAAGGAGAAGAAGCGACGCGAGCUGAUGCGAGAGCGCACCUGUGGUCUGCACGGUUAA